CUGAUUGUUCGAUAGGUGAAGGAAAACGCGAUUGCCAUUCAGGAUUCUCUUGUAGCUCUGAUAACGAUUGCAUAUUUAAGCUAUGCGAAAAUUUCGUCUGUGUGCGCAAGUUGUCUCGCGGCUGCGUAGUAGGAGGCAAGAAGAAUAAUUGUAGACUGGGUGAUCCCUGUGUGUCUAGUGAUGACUGCCAAACGCCUGGUUGUGCAGAAAAUGAUAGUGGAACUACUGUUUGCGUCUGA